AAUGUCUACAUCCCUGGCGGCCCAACUGCAACAGCUGUCUAUGAAAGCAGCUGCAGCGAGGCCGGAUGAUAUUGCUCAAGGGCGAGUUUCUUUAAUGUUCAAUUCGAAAGAUGCUGCUGGCAUAGACAAAGAGACCGUUUUUCAAUUCGCAUUAGACGGAUUAAAUGAAUUAAUUACAAUUGACCCACAGUUCGCAAAGUUUCGUGAAACGCUUUUCGGAAUUGAUUCGAAGAAAUUGGAACGGUCAGUUGUCAGCGCUGAUGUAAAUGAGGAGCUUGAUUUAUUAAUCGGUGAUUUCUUCAUCCUUCUAGCACCUCAUGUUUUGAAAACGUCUGCCAUUAAGACUUUGGAGUGGCUAGUACAAAGGUUUAACGUGCAGAAGUUUAACUGUAACCAAUUGGUCUACAUGUUCAUUCCGUUCCAUGAGAUGAAACUGUUCACUCGGGUGAUUCAGAUAAUUGAUCCGAAAGAAGUAACUCAUAAGUGGCAUUGGAUGUACGAAAUCCAGCAGGCAGAUCGUGUAGUAACCAAAGCUCAGCUGCAUAAGUUCAUGGGAAGUCACUUAGACGCUUUAAGUGGAUUGACGCAGUUUGUGGUGAAGCUAAACGAGGAGCACAACCAGCGUACGUGUGAGUAUUUCAAUUCCUAUUUAAUGGCAACUAUACUCGGUUGUCUAGAGUCCAAGAAGCAAAUCAAGGAGUCAAAAUUGUCGACAAUUUUAGAACUUGUGCGAAAGUUGAUCAAGUCCAAGCAUCCUCAAUUGCAAAAAUUAUCAAUCGGAGUGAUGGCUGUUUUGAUCAACAAAUUGCAAUUUGAAUUCGCUUUGUUAAAAAAAAUGUUCAAUUUAUUUGUAACAAAAUUGCAGAACGAAGUGUUAGAAGUCUUCAUACGGUUUGUGCUGUCGACUUUGUCGAAGCAACAAGCAUUCAGAAUUGAAAGCGACUUUGCAGCCCAGCUUUUCUUGCGCUUGGAAGAUUGCAAUUCUGUAGUUUUGGAUUUUGAGAAAGUGAACUCAUCAGUGUUCAAUUACUUAGAAGUUCUGAUUUGCUCGGGUCUUCAAGAGCCAAAAACUGCGGAGUUGGUCUGUUAUAGAAGACUUGUUCUUGAAUUCUUGAACUAUCUUAGGUGUGAUAGCAGAAAAGUUUUAACCCCAUCACACUUAUUGUCAGAAAUUCUGAAAGUAGUCAUUUCUGCGCCUGAGGAGAAUCUCGAGUUUGUGAAUUUAUUGGCCAGUGAAAAUGUAGUGCAGUUCCAAGAAGCAGUGAAGGAACUAAACUGUGAUUCACAGUAUCAAAAACCUCUGGGAAAGCUGGUUAAAAAGGUUCUGAAAGGCAGCAGCGGUGAAACUGAAAAUAGCUCAGUUGUGAAUCUUCUGAAGGGAACUUUGGAAGCGAGGCGAGAGGCGUUUGAAAUAAUCAAAGCACGACACAAAUCAAAUUCGACUGCACUGACUAAUACAGCUCUUUAUACACUGUUGGAAUGUUUCAAAGACGAUUCUUUAAAACUGGCAACCGAAAUUUUGAAGUUUGUUCUCGAAAAUGAUUUAGUUGCUCCACUGAACAUGAACGGAGAAGUGAUGGCAUUGGUUUGGAAGAAGUGUAUCAAUUUUGUAUUCCAAUGUUCCGAGAGCAAAAAAGUGAAAGAUCCGUUCGCUGAAAUUGUUGGACAGUUUUUAUCCAGUCAACGGACAUCGAAUGAAGUUCUAGUUUUGAAGUCAAUGCUGAAUAUCGAUUGUGACAUGCGACUUGCUAACAUUGAAAAACUGCUGAACUGGGCAUCCGAAAGUGCAGCUGGCAAUCAUCAAUUGGAGUUCGCUUUCCUCUCGGUGUUCACGUUGAAGAACGGUUUCCUCAUGGACCUGAAAAAUUUCAACACCCUGUGUAAAUUGAUUGUCAGUUUUUCAGCUGAAAACGAAUUUGACUUCCUAGAAUUUGCAGCCAAAAUUCCUCACUACGAUUUGGGAAAUUUCAAUUCAUUGAUCGAAUAUGUGUUCUGUUCUGUAUUUGCAAAUUACUCAAGCCAAAAAUCGCUUUUAUGCGUUUCGAAUAUGGAUGGGCUUAUAAAAAGUGAGCAAGUUCUCUUGUUUUGUUUUUCCCAAAUUGUCUGUUGUCUGCCGGGUAAACUUUCGUAUGUGAGAGCUACUCUUGGAAUGAACCAAUUCAUUAGCCUGUUGCUAAUAAUGUCCACUCUUCCUGCUGAUUGUUUCGGCUCUAAAUCCAACGAAGAGAAACUCAAAGUUGCCAUUUGGAAAAUUUUGACGCAGCUUGGAUCAAAAAAGAAGUUUCAAGUUAAUUUCAACAAUUUUAUGUGGCCAAUUUUGGCAGGUCUCAACUCAAAGCGGUCAAAGGUGCGCAUUUCGUUGCUUGGUUUUUGCGAAAAUGUAAUGCUGCACAAGUUUGGCGAUGUUGGUGAUUGCAUACUACAAGAGAUAGUUGAGCUGAAGCAAGAAAUAGCAGCCGAUCGCACCUGGUUAAAAAAUUUAAUGCAAAAAUUUUCAGAAAUGCCUUCAGUUGUCACAACUUUGAUCAAUGUUUUAGAAAAUGAAAAAUCAGAUAUUUGUGGGAAAAUUUCCGUUCCAGUUUUGAUAUACGGAAUUUGGAAUGAGAAAAUUCUGGUUUUUCUGAGCAACUUGCUGAAAAAUGAAGUGAAAAAGAAGAGACUCUGCAACGGAUCUAUCUGCUGUGAGAUCGCGAAAGGCAUAAAUGAUUGCAAUUUUGACAUGUUCCUCGAAUCAUUUCUGAUAGGACUUGACAAGGAGUCUCCAGUUUUCUUAGUUGAGGCCUUCUUGGCGGUCAUUUCUCCUGAUUUGUUCAAAGCAUUAAGUAUCAGCACUCAACACGAGCUGUUUUCGCGACUGAUAUUUUUGAGGAAGGAUGCCGUUAACUUGCCCACUGUGAAAAGAGUGGUUGACAACCUGCCUCUGAACUCGAAAAUGCUCCAUAAAUGUCUCGGAUUGCCCGAGUAUGAUACCAAUGCAAAACCAAGAAGAUCGAGAGUUGAUUCGUUCUGUGCUGCAAGUACAAAUCUGGAUCAAAUAAGGCUCUUUCUGCACUUCGCAUGUGACCGAAAUUUCAGCCCUCAAGACGCAAAAGAGGUGAUCGGGACAGUUAAUGCGUUAAUUUUACAUUUGGAGAGAUUGCAUGUUAUUGACAAUUCAGAUCCAGAAAUGGAGCACGUGAUGGUUUUCGCUGUUGGUGUAUUGAGUAAUUUUUUCUCGAGAUAUUCAAUGACUGAAGAAAUUUUAGACACUGAUUUAAUGCUUAGUCUAAUUCGCCGUUUCGACGAUGUGAACAUUAAAGGUCAAUGUUUCGAAUUGGUUAUUACCCAAUACGAACAUGUAUGUCAAAAUGCACAUUUUGAUUCUCACGAAAGAGCUGUGAAAAUAUUUACUGCAAUCUGUGAUGCGUUGGCUACUCGCGAGGACGAAUUCUCGUUUAGGCUAAUUUUGUCUUCGGUGCGAAAACUGUUGAUUCCUUUAAUCGAUUCAGCUCAAGAAAAGCCCUUCAUAUUGCGCAACUUUUUGCAGCAUUUUGUUGAAGCAGUAACAACUCAACCAAGUCAUAGACAGAUUUUGUUGAUCGAUACAUGCAUUGGACAUCCAAAAUUGGACCAAGGUGGUUAUUUUUGGCAGUUGGUUUUGCAUAUUUUUACCAAGAGUUCCAAUAGCUCCGAAGUGGAAACAUCAAUUUCGGUUGUUUCGCAAAUCUGCGAAAAGUACUCUCUGAAAACAUCGUUGACUUUACUAUCCAAGCUUCUGACUGCUUGUGAGUAUUUCUUGAACGGUAGGAUUGAAGAGUUACAAUCAUACCAACUGACAUCGCUGAAAAAGCUUCCCAGGAAAGUUCAGAGGCUUACUGCAAUUCAAAUAUUGUCCUUGGUUCCAGUUGUUGUACAUUCGAACCAGUUCGUUUUCGAACUCACGAAUGUCCGGCUACAGAAUGACACAUCACAUAAUCACUGCUUCAGAGGUGUAUUAUCACAGUUGUUCACAUUGCAAACUUGUGAAACUCUGAAGAACGUAAGACAAGAGAGUGCGUCUCCCAAUAGCAAGGUCAAACUAGAAGCCGAGUUUGCAAAGACAGUCGGCCUGAAGUUGAAAGAAACUGUAGCUGCUGCUGAUGUUCUGUUUGACGAUGCUUUGUUCUUCGAAGUCUUCUCGGAACUGCUCAGCUCGGCUAAACACGUGGAAGUCCAGAGAUCUCUGCAGUUUCUGAACAUCAGAAUUUCUCGACCUGGAUCCCAAUUUUUGGAUGGAUUGGAUGCGACUCAAAUUGAUUAUUUGUAUGAUCUCUUAUUGACUCAUAUUUUGCAUGAAAAUGACAGAAUUUGUCAGUACGUUUUGGUGACUUUGAUAAAAAUCAUGAAAGUUUGUCCUUCAAAAGUUGGCCUCUUAACCGAAAAAGCCAUCCAACUAAUGGACCUUAAGGGCAGCGUAUGUAAUAUUCGAGUUCAAGUGUGCGCUUUGAUAGCCGAAGUUAUAAGAUCAGUGAAACAGGCUUUCUUGCCGUACCUUCCAAACGUUGCCCACUUUGUCCUAGACAUCAAAAGUUGCAAAACUUUUGCGAACAAAAUGCUGUUUGACAGUGUGCUGCUUUGCCUGCUUACAAUGUUUGACAAUAUUGCGGAACUUUUGAGUCCGUUUUUGGCAAAGAUUACAAAAUUUUUGAUCGAUCUUUCUGAUUGCGAAGAAGAGUUCAAGUUAAAAAAGGAAAGUGCGGCUGUAAUCGAACACCUAGUUUCGCUGAAAAUGCGCGUUGUUGCACCGAUGUUCAUAACAGUUUGUGAGAGUGUUUUCAAAGACUGCGAAAUGACAACAAUGUUCCUGAAAAAGAUUGAAAAGAUGACCGAAAUUGUCAAGUUGCAUUUGGACAAAAACAAUAGAUCUGAAUUGGAGUUGAAUCAAACUAAAAUAACGCAAGUAUUGACGAUGUUUUUGAAUUUGCGCGAGUUUGUUUUCGAGUCAAGAAAUGUGAGCGCAGCGACAAAGGCUACUGACAAAGAAAGUAAUGUUCCAGAAAAUGAAACUUCUGUUGCUGGAGAAAAACGCAAAAAGCGCAAAUGUGAAGUUUUUGCGGAAAAGCGCCGCAAAGUUCAACUGCAAAUGGAUGCGCAAGCGGAAAAGUUCCUCAAUUCAGAUGAGUUCAAAGAAGCUGAAAUGAAAUGCUUCGAACCUUUCAUUGAAUUUGUCCUGAAAAAUUCAGAAUCUUCUGUGCGACAAAUGUUGCUGAAAACAUUCAACUGGGCUACUUCGGACGAUGAAAAUACUGGAAGACGGCAAGUAACUUUCUUUCAUCUGCUGAAGAUGUUAUCAAUCCGCUUGAAGGGGUUAAUGCUGCUCUUCAUUCCAACAUACGUUUCUUCAUUGAAAGAGAGGUUAUCGGUUGAACCAACCCAAGAAGAAAAGUUCACGUCCAGCGAAAUUUUGUUCUCGAAUCGAAAUAUCCUAGAAUGUGUAACUAACGUCAUGUCGCAUGAUAUUAAUGGAAUUUUCACUACCCCAGAGUUUGUCUCGACGUUCAUGCCUCUAGUUGCAAAUCAGUGGAAGUUUUUCUUGGAUUCAAAAGCUUUUGAUGAGCUUUCUUUGGAAGUCAUUUGCCCUUGUACAUCACAAAUGAUGCUCGCUUGUCAAGAUGCAGAUGCGAAAAAUGUGGUACAUAGACAAAUUUUGGAUCUUGGUCGGGAAUCGAACUCGCGUCUUAGGAGAGCAGCGAUGGUUGCAAUCCAGAGCAUUGCGAAUCGACUCUUGGAAGAAUACUCGAUGUACUAUCCGGAGGCAGUACCGGUUCUGGCAGAAUUAAAAGAAGACGUGAAUCCAGAAAUAGAGGCGGAGUGUGAUAAUACCUUGAGGACAAUUGAGAAAGUGGUGGGCGAGGCAGUGUAUGAACACUUUCCCAAAAUUGAAUAGAAGUUCAAGUUCACUUUUGGUUCCAAAGAAAAGCUUAAUAUCGUCGAAUGACAAUGAAGUUGCAUUAUCUGAUUAUUCAUUGUGAUUCUAAAUGAUUAAAAGCUGUUAUUUCAUUA